AAGCAUCAUUGGUGAUUGUGAUGGCCCAAGCCACACAGGGUAACAGCCAGCAAUGAGGUCUGUCCUGGUGGAGGAAAGGCGUGGCCAAGGGUGGAGGAUGGGUAUAUCCUGUGGCCUACCAAUCAAGCCGUACCAUGUGCUGCCAUGUUGGAGGGGGAUUUUGGGUUUAGUUUGUUUUACUUGUAGUAGUUGUAGUUGGCAUCCAUUUUGUUUUCACCUUGUGGGUAAAUUGGUUUGGCCAAGCCACUAUAUAUGUUCCUUUGUGUCUCAUUCAGGCAGGUCAGUUUGUUUAGUUCAUAUUCUGUCUGUUGUAUGCUGUUUUGAGUAUAGUUAUAUUUUGUUGACCUCUUUUAUAGGCCUAAGAUGUUAAAUUCUUGGUUUCUAUUGUUUGGUAUUUUUGGGUAAAUAAAAAACCCCUAUAACAAACUCCUGGUUUUCCUCAUUGCUUGACUGUUUGGUCCCUGACAAUUGGUGGCAGUGGUGGGAUCAUCCAGUUGAGGAAACAGGAUUUAUUUGUAUUUUUUCUCUCUUUUUGCAGUUUUGGAAUUUUUUUUUUUUUCUUUUUCUUUUUCUUUUUUUUUUUUUUUUUUUUCUCCAGUUGCUGCUCCCAACACCAAAGAAAGAUGACAAGAGGAAGAGGUGGAACGACACCAGGUGUGUCUACAAGCCAAACAGUGGCUCAGGAGGAGAAAGCCUGUGAAGAGGAAGAAAGUGGGGCCUCAGGAGGGGGCAAUGACAUGGAGGGUAAGGAGCCAACUCUGUCUGACAUGAUGGCCAUUUUCCAGAAGCACAUGGGGCAGCAGGAGGCUCGAGAAGCAAAGCAGAAUGAGGUGACUGCAAGACAAGAACACCGUUUUAAAGCUCUUCAACACCAGUUUCAGCUGUUGCAGUUAGAAGUUCAGGCCCGGACAUCUUUGGUGCCACCUCCUCUUUCAGCAGACUCUGAUCCUCCAGAUAUGGAGGUUCAAUCAUCCACCCUACACCCUCUGUCAGACCAAGCUGAGCCCAUGAUCGCUCAAACAGUGGCCUCUGCAGGUCAGUCUUGCUCACAACAUAAGCCCAGGUUGGAAAAAUUAACUGAUAAUGAUGAUAUUGAACAUUUUCUCAUUACAUUCGAACGUAUAGCUGUAGCAUGCAGGUGGCAAAAAGCAGACUGGGUUUUUCAGUUAAUUCCAUUACUAACCGGCAAAGCUAGAGGUGCCUAUGUGCAUAUGGACAUUGAUGACUCCCUUGACUAUGAACAGGUAAAAUCAGCCAUUCUUGCCAAAUAUGACAUUAACCCUGAGACCUACAGGCAGAGAUUCCGCUCCCUAGAGGUGGACCCUGAUGAGAGCCCCAAGGAGUUGUAUGCAAGGCUCAAGGAGUCUUAUGGAAAAUGGAUCCAGCCUAAAGGUAAAACCAUCCAAGAAAUUGGUGAAGUGAUAAUAUUAGAGCAGUAUCUGAGAAUGUUGUCUCCUGAGCUUCAGGUCUGGGUCCGAGAGCAUGGCCCAGAUUCAGCCAUGGAGGCUGCUAGACUGGCUGACGUCUUUGUGGCUGCCCGAAAGAAGGGACAACCAUGGAGCUACCACUCAUGGAGAACUGCAGAGGACAAUCGAAAACCAACCCACCAUCCAGGCACUGGGGUGGGUAAGUUUCCCAUGAGGGAGAGCCAGCCAGCCAGCAGACCAUUAAAACCCGUAGGGAGGAAGCCAAUCUGUUAUCUUUGUGGGGUUGAAGGCCAUACAAAACCUAUGUGCCCUAAAAACUCUGUUAACAUGACACAGAUGUGCUUUGUACCACGAACUCAGUAUGAACCUGAGCUCAACAAGGUCCAGUCUAUUAAAAUGACACACAUUGAAGUUAAUGGGAAAAUGAUUAAGGCCCUACUUGAUUCUGGAAGUGAUCAGACUCUUGUGCACAGGAAUUUUGUACCCCCCAACAUAAUCAGCACAGAAGACACCAUACCUAUCUGUUGUGUACAUGGGGAUGAGAAGAGCUAUUCAACAGCUGACAUGUACAUAAAAGUAGAUGGGCAAACUUACCUGUUGAACAUUGGAGUUGUUGAUAGCUUACCUUUUCCUGCGGUGUUGGGGAGAGACCUUCCAGUACUGUUUGAUUUGUUGGAGUCAGACCAAAGCCGAAAAUGUAAUGCAGCUGUUACCAGAGCCCAGGCAAUUCAAUCCAAUGACUAUUCUGAGACUCUCUGUGCCCUGCCCUUCUACAAUUAUGAGUUGGAGACAGCACCCGGGAAGUCCCGGAAAACCCGCAGACAGAGACGGCAGGAGAAGUUCCAACAUACGUUGGUGAAACCACCAACCAAUCUUGAGCCAGAGUUACCCCUAGGAUUUCAAAUGCCAGAUAACAUAAUUGAGAUGCAGAAAGCUGAUCCAUCUUUAGUGUCUCUCUUUCAGAAAGCAGAGGGGAAGGAGCCAGGAGCUGGGCUAAACUCCAACAGAAAUGAAUAUAUUCACCAAAAUGGCAUGCUCUACUACCAACAGGGGUCAGUGUUGCAGCUAGUGGUUCCCCAAGCAAUCAGACAUAUUGUACUCACUAUGGGGCACUCUGUUCCCUGGGCUGGUCACCUGGGUAAGCACAAAACCACAGCACGCAUUAAACGGCAUUUCCACUGGCCUGGCCUAAGCAGAGAAGUAGCUGAAUUCUGUAGAAGCUGCCCUGAGUGCCAAAUAACAUCGGCCAAAACUCCCUCCAAGGCUCCCCUCCGACCCUUACCCAUCAUUGACACCCCAUUUGAGCGCCUGGGAAUGGAUAUUGUUGGUCCUGUUGAAAGGAGUAAAUCAGGGAAUCGGUACAUGCUGGUCAUAACAGACUAUGCUACAAAAUACCCUGACGUUUUUCCACUUAAAACUGUUAAAGCAAAAUCAGUCGCUUUCUGUUUGGUGCAGUUCUUUUCCAGAGUGGGUUUCCCUUGUGAAAUACUGACUGAUCAAGGAACUAACUUUAUGUCUAUACUGCUAAAACAGGUGUACCAGUUACUCGGCAUAAGGAGUCUGAGGACCACGCCAUAUCACCCCCAGACGGAUGGACUGACUGAGCGCUUUAAUCAGACCCUGAAGCAGAUGCUCCGGAAAUUUGUCAACAACAGUGGUACGGAUUGGGAUCAGUGGCUGCCUUAUCUCCUGUUCGCAUACAGGGAAGUACCCCAAGCCUCCACUGGUUUCUCUCCAUUUGAACUUUUGUACGGGCAUGAAGUACGAGGUCCUCUCUCGCUGCUGAGAGAGAUUUGGGAGGGAGGUAAGGGCAAGGGAGAGUCCCUUAAUGUAAUAUCCUAUGUUGUCCAGAUGAGGGAGCAGCUUGAAAAGAUGAGCGAGCUUGCCCAAUCACAUAUGAGGGAGGCCCAGCAACAGCAGAAGUCCUGGUAUGACCGGUCAGCCCGGCAGAGAUCCUUCAACUCGGGACAGAAGGUGUUGGUGCUCCUCCCCAGUGACGACAACAAACUUCUGGCAAAGUGGCAGGGACCGUUUGAGAUUUUAAAGAAACUUGGGCCCACCACAUACCAGGUAGCAACCCCAGGGCGGCCACGGGCAAGUAGGACACUUCAUAUAAAUCUCCUGAAGGAGUGGGUGCCGCGACCUGAACGAAAAGAAGUGAUGCCUAUCCGAGGUGUGCAAGAGGAGGAGGAAGUGGAUGAACAGUACUUGCCUUCGGCUGGGGCUCCAGGAGACCACAAGCUCAACCACCUAUCUGAAGACAAGCAGCUUCAGGUGAGAGAAAUCUGUAAUUCAGAAGUAUUCCAGGAGAAUCCUGGGAGGACCAAUAUUGUUGAACAUGACAUUGUUAUGAAGGAGGGUGCUUCGGUGAGGAGACUUAGUUACAGGAUUCCUGAACGUCUGCUGGCCUCACUGAAGAAGGAGAUAGACCUGAUGCUGUCCCUGGGGAUCAUUGAGAUUUCAAGAAGUGAGUGGUGUAACCCGGUGGUCCUGGUGCCAAAGAAGGACGGAAGCCUAAGGUUCUGCAUCGACUUCAGUACCACCUGGGAGGAGCACUUGGAACAUCUGAAUGCUGUCUUGGAUCGUCUCCACGCUGCCGGGCUGACCAUAAAUUCAUCAAAGUGUGUCUUCGCCGCUGCAGAGACAAAGUACCUGGGCCACAGCAUCGGAAAUGGGGUGAUAAGGCCACAAGUCAACAAGAUCCAGGCCAUAGGGUCAUGUCCGUUGCCACACACAAGGAAGCAACUUCGGUCUUUCUUGGGCAUGGCAGGCUUUUACCACCGCUUCAUUCCACAGUUUUCCACCAGGGCAGCUCUUCUCACAGACAUGACAGGAUCUCGGUGUCCCAACCAGAUCCAGUGGACAGAGGAGGCCGUGGCAGCUUUCCAUGACAUCCAGCAAUCACUAAGUAAGGAACCAGUUUUGUACAGUCCAAACUUUGAUGAACAUUUUAUUCUGCAAACCGAUGCUUCUGACAGGGGUCUGGGGGCGGUGCUUCUCCAGGGACCACCAGACGACCGCCAUCCAGUUGCCUACAUCAGCCGGAAAAUGUUCCCCAGAGAAGUUAGGUAUUCAACAGUGGAAAAGGAGGCGCUUGCUAUCAAGUGGGCUCUCGACUCCUUUCGGUAUUACCUCCUGGGCAGAGAAUUCAUCCUCGAGACAGACCACAAAGCUCUUCAGUGGAUGGAAAGAAUGAAGGACACAAAUAGCCGGAUUACUCGGUGGUGUCUGGCACUACAACCUUUCCGCUUCCGCAUUCAGCACAUCCCUGGCAAGGACAACAUUACAGCUGACUACCUCUCUCGUAGUUCCAGCGAGAGUCCUGAAGGGGGGGGGUGUGUGAUGGCCCAAGCCACACAGGGUAACAGCCAGCAAUGAGGUCUGUCCUGGUGGAGGAAAGGCGUGGCCAAGGGUGGAGGAUGGGUAUAUCCUGUGGCCUACCAAUCAAGCCGUACCAUGUGCUGCCAUGUUGGAGGGGGAUUUUGGGUUUAGUUUGUUUUACUUGUAGUAGUUGUAGUUGGCAUCCAUUUUGUUUUCACCUUGUGGGUAAAUUGGUUUGGCCAAGCCACUAUAUAUGUUCCUUUGUGUCUCAUUCAGGCAGGUCAGUUUGUUUAGUUCAUAUUCUGUCUGUUGUAUGCUGUUUUGAGUAUAGUUAUAUUUUGUUGACCUCUUUUAUAGGCCUAAGAUGUUAAAUUCUUGGUUUCUAUUGUUUGGUAUUUUUGGGUAAAUAAAAAACCCCUAUAACAAA